AAAAGGAAGUUGACAAACAGCCUAACUACUCCAGUAUUUUUUUAGUGGCAUGUAAGUGCAAACUCAAAUCAAUUUGUAAAAUUAUGACCUUAUUAAGUAGUAGUAUUAAAUUGUAUAAAUAGAAUAUGAAGAUAUCUGAAUCGUACAAGUUGAGCUUCUGAAAUCAAUAGCAGGAUUUGUAAUGGCAUCUCCGAUGAAUGGCGGUAGCGGCACAUAUAGUUACGCUAGAAACUCAACUUGGCAGAGAAAUGUGGCAGCUGCUUUGGAGAACACAUUGAAAGAGGCAGUGAUGGAGAAUCUUGAUCUACAAAAGCUGUUGUGUGAUUCCGACACAUUCGUAGUCGCCGACCUCGGGUGUUCGGUGGGGCCCAACACAUUCCACGCCAUGGAAGCCAUCAUCGAUGCCCUGCAACGCAAGUGCGACAAAACCACCCUCGAAUUCCAAGUUGCCUUCAACGAUCAAACAGGCAACGAUUUCAACACUCUAUUAGCCUCUCUUCCUGUCGGGAGGAACUACUUUGCCGCGGCCGUGGCAGGCUCCUUCUACGGCAGACUAUUCCCUUCCUCUUCCAUCCACAUCGCCCAUUCCUCGGCCACACUCAACUGGCUGUCCAGGGUGCCGGAGGGGUUGGCCAACGCCGCUAAAAUCCACUACACUGGCGCCCCUGAUGCGGUGGCGAGAGCGUACCAAGACCAGUUCGAGGAAGACAUGGGGAUAUUUUUUAGAUGUAGAGCUCGGGAGAUCGCAGCAGGAGGGCUGAUACUCAUUACCAUGGGCGCCGUGCUUAGUAGAGAUGCUCAGCAUCGUGUGGCUGCCGCGUUUACUUUUAUCGAGUCCAUCCUCAUCGACAUGGUCAAAGAGGGAGUAUUAGCGCAAGAGCGAGUGGAUUCGUUCAACAUUCCUAUUAUAUUUCCUUACAUAGAGGAAAUAAGGAGAUUGAUUGAAAAAAAUAAAUGCUUUGAAAUUGUGAAAAUGGAGAAGUUGGAAUCUGCGGGGAAUAGUGAGAAUGCAAUAAUGCACAUUAGAGCAGGAUUUGAAGGGACUUUGACCACUCACUUUGGAAGUGAGAUUGUGGAACAAGUUUUUGUGAGGGCCAUCCAACACCAACACAAGCUCCAUUCAACUCUAACUAGUACAAGCUCCACGGGCAUCUUUGUUGUGCUAAGGCGCAAUUAAAUAUUGUAUGACGUACUGUUGUAAAAGAAGACUUUUUUAUUUUAUUGUAUUUUAAAAAGAUAUGCAUGAACUGUACUGCAUCGAUAUGGAUAUACACAUGAGUGUUUAAAUUAUAAA